AUCCAUUCAACUAGACAUCAUUAAGCAACCCUCAACCAAAACAUCCACCACUAAUCCUACAAGAAUAAAGUCUAAUGCUAUAAUUGCUUCAACAGUGUUGUACAUAGUACACCUUAUAAAAAUCCACAACUGUGUACUGUACUGUUGGUUUCCUUAAAAAAUCUACUAGCUCUCUAGAACCUUUCUGUUUCCAUUGCCUCACACUUUCCCAAACUUAUAUUCCCCCAUCUGCAACAGAAAUUUUUCGAAAAUUUGGGGAUCAUUGGAGAAGAGUCAUGGGGAGGGGGAAAGUCCAGUUGAAGAGGAUUGAGAACAAGAUCAACAGACAAGUGACAUUCUCGAAGAGGAGAGGAGGGCUGGUGAAGAAGGCUCAGGAGAUCUCGGUUCUUUGCGAUGCUGAGGUGGCUCUUAUCGUGUUCUCUACUAAGGGCAAGCUCUUCGAGUACUCUUCCGAUUUAUCGAUGGAGAACAUCCUGGAAAGAUAUGAAAGAUACGCUUAUGCUGAGAGACAGCUUGUCGCUAAUGAUCCUGACUCAUCUACAAACUGGAGCCUUGAAUAUAGCAAACUCAAGUCUAGAAUCGAGAUCUUACAGAGAAAUCAGAGGCACUAUAUGGGAGAUGAUCUGGACUCACUGAGUGUCAAGGAGUUGCAGAAUUUGGAGCAACAACUCGAUACUGCUCUAAAGCACAUCCGAGCAAAGAAAAACCAACUCAUGUGUGAGUCCAUUUCCGAGCUACAGAAAAAGGAGAGGGCAAUACAAGAUCAAAAUAGCAUGCUGGCAAAGAAGAUCAAAGAAAAGGAGAAGGCCAUGACACAACAAGCUCAAUGGGAUCAGCAAAACCCCGACACUGCCAACACAACUUCCUUCCUCUUGCCGCAGACAUUCCCUGGUCUAAACAACAGUGGCACUUACUAUGGAGAAGCAUCUGAUGGAACACGAAUGAACCUGCUGGAACUUAGUCUUGAACCUGGUUUUAAUCCGUCCCAUCUAGGCUGUUUCGCGGCUUGAUAAUUUAUAUUGGCUUUUAUAUCUUAAGGUUUCUGUGUAUAUGGUACUAUUCUAAUUCCACAUAUGCAACUUAGGGUAUGGAAGUAUGAACAUGUAGCAAGAUUUUACUAAUUUAUAUUAUAAUAUAUAAUCUAUCUAAAUUUGUCGUCGACC